ACAAAAGAUUGAAUAUACGCUUUGAAAUGAGCAAUAAACUCAAAAUAUUCGUUUUGUCAAGGAGAGAUUGAAUUGAGAGCAUGCCGUCGCAUGGAUGGAUUGCGAGUGACAUCCUCUGAAUUAUAUAUUUAAUCGUGACUUGUUUUUGUGAGAGUUUGUUUAGGUUAGCAGUGGACUUGUCUGUCUGUGACGUUUUUUUUUUAGAUUCAUUCAUUUCACCAUUUUGACAGGUCGACGGUCACCAUGUCCAAACUUACUGACAUUCUCAGUUUUAUAGUUUUCAAAUCUUACCUAAUACAGAUUCUGAAAUUGUUUGUUGUAUACACACUAACUUUUAUUGUGUAGUGUAGUUCACAAUAACUGAACUUUCUUUCAAAGUUGGAAAAGGUCAGGGAUAUUUUUAGUUUGCAUUCUCAAGGGAGGGGGGAAAAGAUUUUGUCGACAGCUGUCUUUAUUUAUUUAUUUAUUUAUUUAUUUAUUUAUUUAUUUCCACAACGAAAAUACAUAUUGACCGUAUGUUACUGUCGUUAGUGUAAGAUUUAGAAGUUCGUGCCGACCAGCGAUUCUUUUGGCAUUCUCUGCAUCGGAUCAAGUGAAAUGGCAUAAUAUGGUGUGGGAAGUGAAGACAAAACCAGUGCCCAGCAGUGUGCAGAAAGUUCAGUUGCUGGUGGAUAAGAGUGUUUCAGGAAUGGAUGACACUUUUGAGAUGCUGAAGUGUGAUGAAGACCUCCCGUCUUCACCUGGAUAUCCCCCCAGUGAGAAUCGUAUGGAGUAUGAUGACCUUCCUGAAUUGCAAGCUGUACAGGAAGAUGCAGCCUCACCUAAAGUAUUUCAGCUCGGUGCUGGAUUGUCUCAUCAGGAGCGCCCAAGGACUAUUUGGAAUCCACAUACAUCAAGCUCAUCAGACAAUGCAGGCUCUCUAAACAAUGGCACGAACUGGCUGACUGAACUGGCCAAUAUAGCCACCAGUCCACAGAGUCCUCUUAUGCAGUGCACAUUUUACAACAGAUCUCCUGUACACAUAAUAGCAACAAGCAAAAGUUUACAUUCCUAUGCUCGUCCUCCUCCAUCCACUUCAAACAGCGAGCCAAGUUUCUCGGAGACCCGCUGGAAAGAACGGGCUGUAGUUAAGCAUGAACGGGCAAACAGCGAAUCAGAGUCUGGCAUUUUUUGCAUGUCUUCACUUUCAGACGACGAUGAGCUAGGUUGGUCCCACUCAUGGCCCUCGACUGCCUGGCAUUGCUUUUUAAAAGGAACCCGCUUGCGCUUCCAUAAAGGACAUAAUAUAGAGUGGCAGGAUGCUGAGGACCUGGCGGAUUCUGAAGAUGAGUUUGAAGAUGAGAGACACCCACAAAACCAUUACAUUAACAAGAGCUAUGGUUCUGACGGCCUAAAAUUAGUGGAACAUGAAGAAACUGUUUCUUUUGGGCAGUCGGUAUUGAAAUUGACUUUUGACCCUGGCUCAACAGAAGAUGGGGCAUUAACAGCAGAAUGCAGUUUGGAUCAUCCCUUUUUUGUGAAUAGUAAAGGUUGGUCUUCCUUUUAUCCGAGCCUCACAGUUGUUCAGCAUGGAAUCCCCUGUUAUGAGAUGCAGGUUGGAGAUACAUGUCUGCCUCCAGGACACCCCGGUGCUAUCAAUUUCGAUGAUUCAGUUGUUUUUGACACUUUCAGGAGCUAUGACUUCACCCCUCUGGAUUCCUCUGCGGUGUAUGUAUUGAGCAGCAUGGCCCGGCAGCGCCGUGCGUCCCUUUCCAGUGGAGGUGCCAUCAGUCCAGACUGUGAAAAAUCAAACCCAGACUUUGUGUCUUCAUCCCAGCCAUCCUGUACUUUUUAUAAUACAUCUAACAAAAGUAACAGCUCAGGGACAACCAGCAGUGCCACAGUCAACAAGUGCAAACGACCAAUGAAUGCCUUCAUGCUCUUUGCAAAAAAAUACAGAGUUGAGUAUACGCAGAUGUACCCAGGGAAGGAUAACAGAGCCAUAAGUGUGAUUCUUGGUGAUCGGUGGAAGAAGAUGAAAAAUGAGGAAAGGAGGAUGUACACAAUGGAAGCCAAGGCACUGGCAGAAGAACAGAAGCGUUUGAAUCCAGAUUGUUGGAAAAGAAAACGAACCAACUCUGUAAGUGUCAAUUGGUAGCUCUUGUAUUAUAAAGUAUAAUACUACUUUGUAAUACAAACAAAUAAAAACUAACUACCUCACUUACAUGGAUUUAAAAAGGCUGCAGGCACUGGCUUGUUACAUGCUCAGUCCAGACACACUUUGACUUCCGCUUACCAGCAUACAAGUAUGGGUUGGUUGAUACUUCUGUUACUCAAGGGUAUAUAAAAAGAUUGUGUUGGUGCUGUAAGCAGAACUCAGUCGGGAAGCUGUGUAGGUUAUUAACAAACAUAUGGUCAUAUAACAGUCUUUAGGCUGCCUGGCCGUUUGCUUGCAAAUCUGAUAUUUUAACAGUAUUCUAUUGUAUACAGGUCUUUGUUAUUGUGAAUUUAGGCUGUGUUAUAAUAAUUUCUACCUGCAGGGUUCUCAGCAAAACUAGGCGCUUUGGUAUGGAUGUUGUUAACAGAAUCUUCAUUUGCAAUACGAACUGGAUAUAAGUAAGGACAUAAGACAACUUUCCAUGUCUCUGCAAGUCUGUAUACUUUGAUGGGACAAUCUGCUUUUUAAUUAAUGAGACAUUUAAAAAACAUUUAUUUGUCACUAACUAUGCUAAAGAUCUUAUUUUUGAAUGACUGAAAUGCCUUACUCUUCCAAAGUAAAAAAUUAUAUUUUCCUUUCAGGUAAUUACUUUUUAUAGGCUUGAAAACUGAAACCCUGUGGUGCUAAUGUAAGGUGCAAAGGAGUUGUAUACAAAUAUCUUUUAAAUGUAAAAAAGGGGGAUUUUUAAAUGCUUUAUUGUAGCUGUUUAUAUAAUUAUAUUUGUAUAACUCUCAUAUUGCACAACCAUUCUAUUGCAUUUACCUUUAAUGACAGGUUGGGAAAAAAAAUGUAAUCUUAAAUCUGUAGCUGGGGUUUCUCCCAAAUAUAUUUUGUGGGUGUCCUAUAUAUUUUACUAUGCGUGGGGUGGGCACACAUUUCACUUCGGGGAAGACUUACCUUAAGUGUUUUUGCACUUUAUUGUAUCUAAUACAACCAAUAAAUGUAUCUCUGAAAAAUCACUUACCAAUAACACAAUCAUAGCUACAAUAUACAGCAUGUAUUCUGCUUUGCAUUUCCUUUGACUCAUUUUGUCAAUAAUGUUGUAAAGAUUUGUUGCCCCACCAAACUUUUUGCACAAAAUAUAUUAUAAAUAAAAGUUGAAACUGGUUGACUGUU